AUGGAAAAGGCCAGCCUUCACUCUGCUGCAGAGCCGGUGGUUACAACAGAUCUUAGGGAUGGAUUUGGAACGGGUGGGCAAUGGAGCGGUAACGAGAACCGUGACAUCCCGGGCAGCCUGGGCUUUCUGGAACGCCUGGAGGAGUGGGAGCACUCUCAGCCGUGCAUCUCGGAAAACAAGGAAUCAGCAGCGAGGACGUGGCUGAAAGAGGGUGACGAGAGAUCCAAAGGGACAAACAAAGGAGGCAUUGGGGCCCAUUGGUGCUAUCAGUCACAGAAGUAUGAACAGCUCCACUGUGAAGGUCCUCGACAAUGGCAUCUCACAUAUGCCGCCUGCAAGGAAAAGAAACAGUCACCGAUCAAUAUUGUCACCAAAACUGUUGUUCAUGACAAGAGCCUUAAGCCACUGAAUUUUGAAGGAUACGAUGUGAAGGGAUCUUCAAAAUGGAAGAUAGAAAAUAAUGGACAUACAGUUAAAGUAACAUUAAGCACAUCCCCUAAAAUUGGAGGUGGAGGUCUGGAAAGAAAAUACAAGGCGAUAGAAUUUCAUUUCCACUGGGGAGUCCAAGGUGUGCAGCAAUACCAUCCCGGGUCAGAGCACAGCAUAGAUGGAGAAAAACAAGCCAUGGAGCUUCAUAUCGUCCACAUAAGAGAAGACCUUUCGGAUAUAACAGAAGCGAAGAAAAAUGCAGAUGGUGUGGCUGUGUUAGCAUUCUUUAUAAAGGCUGAAGAAGAAAAUAAAAACUAUGCAACUCUAAUAAAAGAAUUGGAGAAUGUCAACUACAACGGGCAGACAGCAAAGAUGGACCCUCUGCCACUGAGUUCUCUACUCCCACGUGAGGAAGACCUGGAAAGGUACUAUCGGUACGUGGGCUCCCUCACCACUCCCGACUGCCAUGAGGGUGUCAUCUGGACAGUAUUUGAGAAGCCCAUUGAACUCAGUAGUUCUCAGAUUGCUCAAUUCUCAACAGUUCGCUUUGGCGAGAAGAACUCAACAUACAUGGUUGAAAAUUUCCGGCCUGCUCAGUUUCUGAACGAACGCAAGGUGUACUGGUCCAGUGCCAGCAUCCUCCUGCCUACUGCUAAGGUUUUAAUGUCGGUCCUGGCCCUUACGUACAUCCUGAGUUCUCUUUUCCAAUGA